AUGUCUCAGGGAAACCUAAUCCCCAGUAACCGAACGAUUGACGACAAUUUUGGCGACCUUGUGACCGGCUUGCAACCGAUCUACACCCCCGAUGGAUAUUGGAGCUUCGAUUCGACUUGUUCAAGUUGUGUUUUCCGACCCGACCCCAAGCUUGCGUUCAAUGGUAGCUGGCAUGAUAGCUCUCAGUUUGUCAAUACAGCGCCAGUGUCUGUAACGCUGUCCUUCUCUGGAACCGCCAUCUACGUGUUUUGCAUCGUUCCGCCUAUCAUCCAGGGCACUAUAUCUCGGUAUCGGUUGAACUACACCCUCGAAACCAUCGCCGCGACCAGCAAAACGAGCACGAUGACAGGAAACUUUUCGCUUGACCCAAGGAGCACAACGGACUACCAGUACAACGUACCUGUGGUUUCGAUAUCAGGAUUGGACAACACCGCCCAUACAUUGCGCGUCUCCACCAAUGAUGCUUCGGUGUUUCUAUUCGACUAUGCAGUGUAUACGACCCUAGAAGCGGCUUCUACUAGCAAGUCACAUCAUAAAAACAAGGGUGCAGUGGCUGCUGGGACUGUUGUGGGACUGCUGCUUGUUAUUCUUAUUGCCAUCGGGUUUUACCUGGUCGUGCGGCAACGCAGGAAACGCGCUACAAGAGCUAGGACUUUCUCAAUCGACGUCGAUGGACUAGUAGUGCCACAGACAAGCGAGCGGCCCCACGUUCAAGGCCGACUGAUAUCUUUGGUACCCCAGAGAUUUCUUGAUGUCAAUGGUCGAAUGAGCCGCUCUGGAAGUGGUCCAGAGACACCACCACCGGUUUAUGCUCCUACUAACAUAAGGUCACAUGAACGCGCUGAACUUGGCGUUAAACCACGACUCGGAAACAUGCCUCCCAAGGGCGGGAACGCAAAGAAGGAAAGUGGGCGGGCGAAGAAGGCGGAGAAUGAGGCGAAGAAGAAGGACGCUGCAGAGGCUGAAAAGGAACGUAAAGAAGCGGCUGCCUGGGCGGAUGGGACCAAGGGGAAGGGAGCGAAAGAGGACAAAGAAGCGAAACGGCAGGCAGAUCUGGCACGCAAAGCAGAAAAUGCGCGAUUGUUGGCGGAGGAGGAGAAGAGUGGGCCUGCCAAAGUCAAGGCUGCCCCCAAGGCUGGUGCCGCAAAGAAAGCGCAACAGCCUAAACCGGCCGGGCCAGGGGCGAUUGCGGCUGGUGGUGGAUUAGGUGAUGCUGCACCAAUCGACAAGGGGGAAACCCGGGAAGAUGAAGAGCUUGUGGAAUCCUUUGCGGCAACGGGAAUCGAUAAUGCGCUUGACCUCCUCGAGGUCGUUAAUGCGAAGACGGAUAAAGCUAGUGUUGGCCAGCAGGCAGCGGGAAUCGAGCGACAUCCAGAGCGACGGUUCAAGGCCGCCUUUGAGGCGUACCAAGACCGCGAAUUACCCAAUAUUCGCGAAGAGCACCCUGGACUAAGGCUACAGCAGUACAAGGCGCGUGUUGAUCUAUUGUUCAAGGCUUUCCAAAAGUCACCCGAAAAUCCAUUCAACCAAACUACGGUGGCUUAUGACGCGACAAAGGAGGAGAAGGUGGAUGCGCUGAAGCAGAAGAAGGCACAGGUCGAGCAGCGGUUGAGGGAGAAGUCAGCUUAG